AUGACAAAGUUAAAGGGAGACGCAAAUGGUAACACCAUCUUCCGAAAAGACUCCCUCGGGCGAAAGAUCGCCUGUAUGAACUGCAUUAACAACCGUCGGUCCUCAAACUGCCUGCCCUCACACAAUGACGAUGUCAGGGUAGUUGAUGGUGUGGGUCGGAAGAAAGGGAGCAAGAACCUCCCCAAAGAUAGUCAAAAGGCCAAACACAAGGUCAAGAAGCCCGCCUGUCCUCGAAAGGGUAGCCAGGGCAGGAUUUUACCACUGCAGAACCUCCAGCUGCGGAACAUAGUGCAGGUCCAGCCUGCCAUCAGUCGCCAGGCUGGGGCGUUCCUGCAGCAGGACAUAUUUGGGGCUCUGCCUCAAGCGAACAAUGUCCAUUCUCAACCUGUGCCCCCAGCUUCCCUUUCUCGCCCUUCACCUGUAGUAGACAUCGGGCAUGCUGCUUUCCAGUCCGUGGUCAACUGCCAAGUGACUCCCGAGUUCGAAUCCAUCCUGAAUCAUUGGCACUCGCUUGGGCUUAGCUUGGUGGACAGUAUGAAUGUUCCCCAACAUUGGGGGCAAAUGUCAGCUACCCAUGGCAGUGGCUCGAACGCGGGUGGGACAUAUUUCCCAGGACCUGAAGAUAAGUUUUAUGAAUAA